UGGAGUAACUGCUAAUGCACCUCCCCUUUACCCAUGAAACCCCGGCUCCCAGCCUGCCUAUCAAACACAUGAGGAAUUUCCAACCCAAACUGGUAGACUCACUUCAUUCACCAUUGUUCUGGUCCCUCAGUGAGAGCGCUACAAAAAUGAACUGGAAUCAGAUCAUCUUCAUUUCUUUGCUUGCAACGGUUUUAAUACUGGCAAUUGCCAAUGAAGCUGAAAGUGCAGCUGUCCGAACCGACAAGUCAGACAUUAAGACGGGGGAUGGGGAAAAUCUGAAAAAGAGGAUUUUCAUGCAGGAAUCUGAAGCAACUGCCUUUUUAAAACGACGUGGCAGGAGAUCCACAAAGUCGAAGGAUGAAGUGAAUGCUGAGAACAGGCAGAGACUAGCUGCGGACGAGCGCAGGAGGGAGUACUACGAAGAGCAGAGAAAUGAAUUUGAAAACUAUGUAGAGGAGGAGCGUGAUGAGCAGCAGGAGAGAAACCGUGAGAAGACUGAACAGUGGCGUGAAUACCACUACGACGGCCUCUACCCAUCUUACCAGUACAACCGCCACCACAUUUAAACCCUGCACUGAACACAAUCGCCAAAAAAAGGACAUCAUGCCAGAGAUCUACAUCUCACUAAAAUGUGCGGUUACACGUUUAUAAUAUUUAAAACAAUUAAGUAUACCAUAUUAGCUUGAAGAAGAAAGGCAGUCAUUAAAAAAAAAAAGUAUACAGCUUUUCAUAGUGCAUUGCUUUAGCUAAAAUAGUUCUCAGCCUUCAGAAACAUGUUUUGUAAAAAUGUAACUAGAUUCAUAUCAAAUAUUGUAAAACUGUUAUAUUAUGUAGAUUUAAAGGCAAUGGUAUAUUAAGGGUUUUUGUAUAAAGGUAAAAUAUAAGGCACAAGCUAUAAGGAAACAAAGUUUGUCUAGCUUUUAAAGGUUCAAGAGUUUCCUCUAGUGGUUGUGAAAAUUGAUUAUUUUGAAAUGGAAGACGCAAAAUUAUCUAAAGUGUAAAGCUGUGUGUAAGUAUCUAAAUCAUGUCUUGAACUGACAAGCUUUUUUUUUUUUUUAAUUUACUUUAAAAUUAAAUUAGAUGCAUCAUCUUGUUUGGACAUCUUUGUGCUUUAUAUUAUAACAUUGUGAUGUGAAGAUUUAUUGUAUAGUCUGUAUUGCAAACCAUGUAUAAUAAAUAAAUACAUAGGUCUAACCUCAGCAAACUUUGUUUAAUCUAUAUAGAAAAAACAAAUAUUACAAACAUAUGAAGACACUGUGGACAAGGAGCUUCCAUGAAAUUGAAAAGGUAACAUCUACAAAUGAAAAAGACGCAGAGGCUGGAUCUUCUGAAAGCUCAAACAGUGCCACGUAUUUACCAUACAUUCCUAAUCUUAGAAACAAUGCCAUGGAUAUGGAAUACAUAUUAUUUUUGAAUGAGCAAGCUGUUUAAGUAUGGAAAACUCAAAAUGACAGUUAAUGUGUAUUUUACCUCAACUUAAAUACAGGUUUGGCAUAUUAAGUAUUCUAUCAUAUACCAGUACAUCUGAAGCACAUUUAUUAGUUCUUAAAAUAAUUUUAGAGAAGAAAAUGAAAUGGUAAUUAACCUUGUACAGUGCAAGCAGAUUAAUGUUCUGCACAAAGGAUAUACAAAAAACAAAACAAAACUAUUGUUAUACCAUAUCUUUGCAUUACAAAUAUCACCUGUGAAACAGUAAACAAAAAUACAUUAUUAAAAUGAAACCAUGUUUAAAAUAGUAUUUAUUUCUAUGAAUGGUUAUCUUACUGUACAUCAUGUUUUAUUUAAAUCAAUAUAUAAAAAACAAGUGACGUAAUCUCCACCCAUACAUUAAUUCUUAUAAAAAAGCUUGCAUGUUUUCUUGUUCACAUUGGUAUGUACACCGAUGAGUACACUUCUUGUUUUGUAACGGCUUGCACGUUCAAAUACACUGCAUGAAGUUUUCAUUGGGUAAAGAAAAUACUACAUUUUCAGUUCACAACAUCAUAGCCACAAUAUAAAAGAAAUACUAAUCAAUUUCACAAGGAAAAUGAAUUUUCAUGAACACUAAUCAGCUGUCUUGUAGGAACUUAACUUUAAGCACAAGGAUAUGAAACAAACAGCACUGAUACAUUUUAACCAGGCAUCCUGUUUUCUGGUUGUUUCUUCAUGAUUUGAAGGUCUAUACCACAAAACUAUUUGGGCCAUAUUCACAAAACAUUUACCACAGUGCUAAAUUAACACAUGUUAUUUAUUAUUAUUAUUUUUUUUU